CACAUAUUGAAUUUUGUUUUUGGUUUUGUCUCUGUUUUGCAGUGCGAUGUCGAUAAAAGUCUAUAUUUUAUUGCUUGCCUGUAAAAAUCGAAUGAAACAGCAUCUGAUGGAUGGAUGUACAACUUUGAUUCAUCGUUCAAUUCAUUCUUGACAAUCGUUGUGGAACGGUGUGUAUUUUGUGACUUGUGCCAAUUUGUGUUGAGAACAGAGCAAAAACGAUGUUGAAAUCGAUUCGAACGGGGCUGGUGUUGGUGUUAGUUUCGAUUGUAUUUAUCGAUGCAUUGCCAGUGGAAAAUGAAGAGUCGGCAUUGGAUUUGAUUCUAUUGCACAAUAACGAUUUGCACGGUCGCUUCGCCGAAACCACCAUCGAUGGUCCUGACUGUCGUCCAGAGGAUUCUUUUGCCAACAAAUGCUACGGCGGUUUUGCCCGCAUUUCAACACUCGUUAAACGCUAUCGCAGCGAUCAAGAGAAAGACGGGCUACCAGUUCUAUUCCUGAAUGCUGGCGAUACGUACGUUGGGACACCUUGGUUUCAAUUGUUCAAAGAUAAAAUUACCGUGGAUUUCAUGAAUGCCUUGAAACCCGAUGUUGGAGCACUUGGAAACCACGAAUUCGAUUUUGGCAUAAAGGGACUGGUACCGUUCUUGGCAAACAUUAAUUUCCCGAUUGCAGUGGCGAAUUUGAAUAUUUCAACGAAUCAUCCGCUCUGGCAAACGCAUGCACUUGAGCGGUCGGUUGUGUUCAAUAUAAAAGGUUUUAAGGUCGGUGUCAUCGGGUACAUAACUGAUGAUCUACACACAUUAUCAACACCUGAGGAUGUGGGAGUUUUACCCGAAAUUGGCGCAAUCAAUGAAGAAUCGGAUAAAUUGAGGAAACAAGGCGUCAACAUAAUCAUUGCAUUGGGUCAUUCCGGUUACGAAAAAGAUCAAGAGAUAGCAAAAGAGUGUCCACUAGUCGAUUUGGUUGUGGGAGCACAUUCUCAUACAUUUUUAUAUACUGGCAUACCGCCUGAUCCGAAGGAUGUGCCACUCGGUCCAUAUCCGACUGUGAUUGUGCAGAAAAGUGGCAAAAAAGUGCCUGUCGUUCAGGCGUACGCUUGGUCAAAAUACUUGGGAAAAUUGCAGUUAAGUGUAA